AAUGGCAAGGAUGGAAAGACAUCGGUUCUGCUCUGUUCUCCUCAGUAUGAUACUUUUGGCUUUGGUGAGCCUUGACUUGACCAGCUGGGCCUGGACUGCCCCUGAUUGUGUCAUAGCAGACAGCUUGCUAUUUCCUAACCUUCCCUCCUACAUCCCAUUCUGCACCUUGGCCCCAGGACUGCACCUUUUGGCAUCUUGCUCCAACGUUAAAGACAUGGAUCUGACCCUAGAAAGAGUACCCAGAGAUACAGAAGUGCUUUGCCUCCAAGGCAUAGUGUCUAGCCUUCCAGCUAAUGCUUUUGAUCACUUCCACUCCUUACAGCUUCUAAGGUUGCAACUGGGUGCAGUCAGUAUCACUUCUAGAACAUUCCAAGGGCUGGACCAGCUACGGUACCUCUUUAUUGAGCAUCACGCGCCCUGUUGCCUAAAUCUGCUCCUUCCUCCAAGUUGUUUAGAGCCUCUCAGAUCCCUCCAGGGUCUUUCCUUUCAAGGCUACUGCCUGAAUUAUAACCAAAGCAUCUACUUACCAACUACUCUUAGGCAUCUAACCAUGAGGAACAGCUGUCUGACAAAGCUGCAGGAACUACAAAGGCUCUUCCCAGAUCUGCUUGGUGCCUCUUCUACACCCAGGACCAAACCAAGGCCCCCGUUCCUAGAGGUGCUGGAUUUAUCUUACAACCUUCAGCUGAAGCUGACAGAUGCCAGAGCCUUGCAUGGCUUCACACUCCAUUCCCUAAUAUUGGAUGGUACCCCACUAAGAACAUUUGAAGUCACAGGCUCAGGACUGCUCCACUUAGAAUUCCUCUCCCUUGUGGGUACAGGUAUAGAAAAAUUGCCUGCAAAUGUGAUUGGCUACUCUGACCUUCGUGCACUUGACCUUGGGAAGAACCAAAUCCAAAACAUCUUGGAGAAUGGAGAUCUCCCAGGUUAUAGAGUCCUGCAGUUCCUUAGCCUUCAUGAUAACCAUCUGCGAGCACUUCCAGUCACUUUCCUAAGUAUGUUACCCCAACUUCAGAGCCUCAACUUGUCUAUGAAUAAGCUAGGCCCAACCUUGGAGCUCCCAGAAGGACUGUUUAGUACAAGUUUAAGAGUGUUAGAUCUGUCCCACAAUCAGCUCAGUGACGUACCCCAUGGGGCUUUCUCCCUUCUCCCACAACUCCAGGAGCUCUGGCUGAGUGGCAAUAACAUCUCUAGUUUAUCUAAUGAGAGCCUGCAGGGACUCAAGUGGCUGAGGACACUAGACUUGAGUUGGAACCAAAUUAAAGUACUCAAACCAGGCUGGCUCUCUCAUCUUCCUGCUCUGACUACCCUGAACCUUCUGGGCACCUACUUGGAGCAUAUCUCAGGCACACAACUGCAGGGUCCCCAGAUGCUGAGGCAGCUACAACUGGGUUCUACGGCAAUGCUGGACAUCUAUCCUCCCUGGCUUCCAGGGCUCCUCAGCUUAGAAAUACAAGCAAAAAUAUGUGUUCAGUUUAUGGUUCCAAGUGGAGAGCCGUUCUUAUCCUUGGAGAAUCUUACCUUACAGACUUCCAGUCUGUUGCUGCAACCAGACGCCACAACAGUUCAUUUUCCCUCCCUGCGUCGCCUCACCUUGCGUGGCUACAGCCUCGUGUUCUCAACCGGUCAACUUCGGAGGUUCUUUCCGCAGCAACUUCCACUCCUGGAGCACUUCUCUAUCUGGUGUGAAAAUGACGAUGCGGUGGACCUCCAUCUAUUUGGGAUGCCCAGGCUGCGUGCGCUAGAGCUGGGGUACCUUAAUUUUUUCCACGAGUCAAGUACUACGAAGCUAGAAACGCUACUGAAGGAGGUGCCUCGGUUACAGGUCCUGGCACUGAGCCACCUGAAUCUCAGGAACCUCUCUGUGGGCAGCUUUAAGGGCUUGUACAAUCUCAAACUGCUACUGCUCAGCUCCGAGAGAGCCCUGGAGAUGGACAGCAACCUCCAGGAGUUCAUUCCUCAACUGCCUCGGUAUGUUUAUUUCUCAGAUGUCACCUUCGUCUGCCAGUGUGAAACUUCCUGGGUGGAGUCUUGGGCUACACGGGCCCCAAACACUUUUGUGUAUGGGCUGCAGAAAUCCAUCUGCGUAGCCAACGCUUCUGACUACUCCAAAACACUACUGUUCUCCUUCCUCGCUACUCAUUGCCCACGUGAUGCUGAGUUCUGGGCCUUUCUCGCCAGCUUCACUCUGCUGCUUCUGGGGACCGUCCUUCCUCUGAUUAGUUGUCAUCACCUCCGGAAACUCUUUUAUGCUUGUUGGUGGGAGUUAGGUGGACGUGGACUCAGAGGCCAAUUCAACUACGAUGUCUUUAUAUCGUAUUGUGAAGAGGACCAAGCCUGGGUGUUGGAAGAACUGGUUCCUGCUUUGGAGAAACCCCCUCCUGAAGGUGAAGGCUUGAGGUUGUGUCUCCCUGCCAGGGACUUUGGGGUUGGAAAUGACAGGAUGGAAUCCACGAUUGCCAGCAUGGGUGAGAGCAGAGCGACCCUCUGUGUGCUCACGGGCCAGGCCUUAGCAAGUCCCUGGUGCAAUCUAGAGCUGAGACUGGCCACUUACCACUUGGUGGCCAGACCCGGGACAGCUCGCCUCCUGCUGCUGUUUCUGGAGCCGCUUGAUAAGCAGAAGCUCCACAGUUACCCCCGACUGUCCCGAUGGCUCCAGACGGAGGACUGUUUUGAUUUGUCCGAAGGGAAGGUGGAAUGGGAUACUUUCUGGGAGCAACUUACCAGACGGCUCAGGAAAGCUGGACGAGGCAGAGAAGACUAG